UUGAGGUCAAGGUGCUAAGAAUAGUUACGGUAUCAGCCUCGUAGUAAUAAAUGAGGCUACUUGAGGAUGGCAGCACAGAUUAACUAGUCAGUCACUGCUUGGACUUGAAACAAGUGAAUCAGACAGACCUAAAGCAAGAUGGAAGAAGAGAAAAUGGAGCUUAAGGAGGUGGAUAGAAGCUUUCAGGAAAAGACCAAAAAAGCAGCCAAACCACCCAGCACGUUUGAGAGAGUGAUCCAGCCAUGUAUUGCAGAGCUGGUGGGAACCACGUUUUUCGUCUUCAUUGGCUGUGUGUCAGUGAUUGAGAAUGUGGAAGCAGCAGGGAGGCUGCAGCCAGCACUGGUGCAUGGUCUGGCAGUAGCUGUGUUGGUGGCAUGUAUGGCAGAGAUCAGUGGAUCUCAUUUUAACCCUCCUUUCACCAUCGGCAUCUUCCUGUGUGGAGGAAUACAGCUGUCCCUGGCCGUCCUGUACCUUGUCAGUCAGCUCAUUGGAGGUGUGCUUGGUGCUGCUAUGGCAAAGGUUAUGACCUCAAAAGAAAACUACAUGAAUGCUACUGGGGCGGCCUUUGCCAUUCUAAAAUCAGACGACCAACUGGGAGCAGCCAUCUUUGCUGAGGUGGCCAUGACGUGCCUGGUGACCAUGGUAGUGCUGCUGGGGGCAGUCAAUGGGAAAAGUAAGAGCCCCCUGGUGCCUUUCAUGGUGGGCUGCACUGUGAUCAUCAAUAUCCUGGCGGGUGGGGACGUGUCCGGCACCUGCCUGAACCCAGCAAGAGCUUUGGGACCAGCAGUGAUGGCUGGUUACUGGACAUAUCAUUGGGUGUACUGGGUGGGCCCUAUUGGAGGGGGUUUAGUAGCCGCAGCUCUUGUAAGGCUUUUGCUUGGAGAUGAGAAGAUCCGUGUAAUAAUGAAAUGAUAUACACCAGCAUGAUUACUCAUUUCAUUGCUAAUGUAACACAGGUGAAUCAUUUGAAAAAUAGUUUUUUUCUAUCUUGCGGUAGAUCUACCAGUAGAUGUCAGUAAGAUACAGAGUCAGUAAAAUACACACACAAACGCCGAUUUUCCCUUUAUUACAUACACGUACAGGCCAUCUUCGAACAUAAGCAUGCAAGCAUGCAAGCAAAUAAAUAAAUGCAUUAACAAAUAAUUCCUCUUAACUUUUCCAGCAGAAACAAAGUAACAUUAAAGUUUUUUUUCCCUCGUCUUUGCUCAGACCUGCGCUUUUCUCGCUGUUGUGAAAAACUCUCAGCAGUGCGUGCUGAAAGCUUGACUGGUGCCCGUGUGUGCUACAGGCUAAGCAGUUCUAAGCAUUUCUCAGCCUUUCUAAGCAUUUCGCAGAUGUUUUGUCAGCCGCCACCGUCACUACCCCCUGUCAGCUUUUGAUGAACAGUCUACUCUCACAGAGUCACGUAGACAAAAGAUGAGCUCAUAAUUAUGGCGGGCAGGCUGGGAAUUAUCUCUACAUCUGUUAUACUGCAGGAGUCUGGUGAUGUACAGAACCAGCCAACACAUUAAUUUAGUUUAGUUUUGAUUUUUUCCGCAUUUUAGAAUAAUAGCAAGAUUAUUACUAUAUAAUUAAUAAUUCUAUAAACAUUUAAUCUUUUUAAAAAUGUUUUCUUAAAUCAGCUCCUUCGUGCCUUGAUGCAGUUUUGCACCCUUAGCAGCGUCAUAUACUUUUCCAACAAACUCCACGUACUUGUUGAGGGAACAUUAAAAAAAUGUUACUUGUUUUUUGGAAAUCAUCUUCCCCAUUUAUAAUAUAGGCAAAUAUACACUCAUUUGGACACAUACCAUCAGAUCAAAAUAUCUUUAAAACAUAUCUCAGCCAGGUGUGGACCAAAUUUUUCUAUGUCUCUGUGCAGCUCAUGCAAAUGUCUGAUAGGCCAGAUGUCUUUUGAGAAUCUUCCAGAUACCAUAAGAAAAGAGGCUUGUUUUCAUUAUUGCAUGUAUUUUUUCUUGGCAUCGCGUGAAUAUUUUUAUUGUGGUUAUAAUAUAAUCAGGAAAGUGUCAAAAUGUAAAUGUGUGCAAGUGUGCUUUUUCUCUUCAGAUUGUUUCAAAGAGCUAAUAAAUGAAUAAAAGGACACACAUCAGCUCUCAUCCCUGUUUGAGGAAACUAGGGCAGCUAGUCUCACUUCACGUGGGUCGCAUAAUCAGUUUAUUACCGUUUUAGUCAUUCAGCCAUAUUAAUCUAGAUUCUAGUGAUGAACUUCAGUGAAUAAAGUUAACUUCUAAUGCAACAUUCUUUAUUAACAUAAAGCAGCUUGGUAUCAGUAAGCGAUCAGUAAGCAAACGAUAUUGAAAUUCACAUACAGUACAAUGACUCUUUAGUAGUUAUGUUUCAAAUGUUUUUCGAUUUUUUCGAGUUUUGUAUUUUGAGUAAUUAGUUGUUUGUAAUACUAGUCUGACAUAAAACUGACCAGCCUAACUUACGACAGCACUGCAUGAUUAAUGUACCGUAUUCAUUUUGUUCAAACCUGCAUCUUUUUGUGUAUUCAUGCUGUGAGAUGAAGUUAAAUUUAAGACGAGGACGGUUUCUGAAUAUUCGGGGGUCCUAAACGAUCUCCUCCACCAGUCCCAAUCUUGUUAUUUUGUUUGAAAAAAAGAAAAAGAAUUGAAAUUUCAAUUAUUUUAACCACGAAAACGUUUCAUAAAUGACAACAUAAUUAAAUAAUAAUUAACUACAUACAAG